AUGGAUGUGAGCUGCUGCCAGUGCGCGUUCGAGGACACGGCCUUCUUGGCGGGGACGUGCGGCGCGGGCUUCGCGCUCUUCAUGUCGAUGGUGGAGUACGUGCUGCGGACGCGCUGCGACUUGGCCGACCCUUGCGGGCGCGCGGGCCGCGACGCGCCGCUGGUGCUGCCGCAGCUGGGAGACCCGCCCGCCGUCGACUUCAUCGUCGUCGGCGCCGGCGUCGCGGGCCCCGCGCUCGCCGCCCGCCUCUCGGAGAGGCAGAACUGGACCGUGCUGCUGCUGGAGGCGGGGCCCGAGGAGCCCACCGCCACGCAAAUACCGACGUUCGCGGUAGCAGCAGUGAACACGGUGCUCGAUUGGAAUUACACGACAGAGGUGCAGGAGCAGGCGUGCCUCAGUACAGGAGGCGUCUGCAGCUGGCCGCGGGGCAAAAUGGUGGCCGGCACCGGCGCCAUGCAGGGCAUGAUGUACACACGAGGCCACCGAAGCAUCUACGACGGUUGGGAAGCGGCUGGUAACGAGGGCUGGGGCUACGACGACGUGCUGCCGUACUUCAUAAAAGCGGAGAACAACCUGGAGGCCGACGAGAUGGACGAAGGUUACCACGGCACGGGAGGACCGCUCGUGGUGCAGCGCUUCGCCAGCCAUCCGCAGAUCGCUGAGACCAUCGUGGAGGCGGGAAUAGAGCUCGGCUACCGCACGGGAGACCUCUGCGGCAGCAACCAGACGGGCGUCGCCAUAGCGCAGAUGAUGGUGAAAGACAGUCUACGAGGCAGCACACCCGCGCUCUACCUAAGGCCUGCUGCAGCCAGCAACCCAAAUCUGCACGUUGGAAUAAAUGCUCACGUUACCAGAGUUCUCAUCGAUCCUGACACCCUUACUGCGACUGGCGUGGAGUUUCUCGACGAGAACAACAACCUACACACUGUACGAGCAAACAACGAAGUCAUCCUGAGUGCCGGCGCCAUAGGCUCUCCUCAGUUACUCAUGCUUUCUGGUGUCGGGCCACAGGCAGACCUCGAGGAUGUCGGCAUAACGUCGCUGAAGAACUUGUCUGUUGGACAGAAUCUACACAAUCACGUGUCAGGUUAUGUGGCUUUCUACAUCAACAAUACUUCGUACGAAUCUCUGACGACAGAAGUGCUCAACGAAUUCGUCACCAAUCGCACUGGCCCCAUGUCAGGUACAGGUCUGACACAGACAACUGGCUUCAUGCUUUCCAAGUACGCAACUGAUGGCGUGCCCGACCUGCAGAUCUUCUUCGACGGUUUCAAUGCGGCUUGCUCUCGCUCAGGCUUAGCGGAGGAAUGCACCAGUGGAGAGGUUAACGUGGACUGUGGCCGCCGAUAUAUCGACGCGCGACCGACCAACAUCAUGCCACGUAGCAAGGGCUACAUGAAACUACGCAGCUCGAACCCUCUCGACUACCCGCUCUUCUAUCCCAACUACCUCUCUGAGCAGAUCGAUGUGGACAUACUGGUCGAGGGCAUCAAACUGGUGAUCAACAUGACACGGACGGAGGCAAUGCAACGCUGGGGCUUCGAGCUGGACACGACGGUGACGGCCGGCUGCGAGGCCUACGAGUUCGCGUCAGACGAGUACUGGGCGUGCGUGGUGCGCUACAGCACCGGCGCCGAGAACCACCAGGGAGGCACCUGCAAGAUGGGGCCCGCCACCGACGACUCCGCCGUCGUAGACCCGCGCUUCCGGGUGCACGGCGUGGCUGGGCUGCGCGUCGUCGACGCUUCCGUCUUCCCGUACAUACCCAACUCCAACCCCAUCUCGUCCAUCGUCAUGUUGGCCGAGAGGGCGGCCGAUUUCAUCAAGGAAGACUGGCCCGAGGAAUCUGCCUGA